AUGCGUCCAAACGGCCCUCGAGACCCCGUCGCAGGCCCCGACGCAGGUCCCGAAGCACCUUAUCCUAUCCGACUGUCAGGCCCGGUCAUCAAAGGGUUCGGACGCGGAAGUAAAGAACUCGGCAUCCCAACCGCCAACAUCCCCUCGGAUGGUCUCGCGGCCUAUCCCUCCCUGCAGACGGGGGUCUACUACGGUGUCGUAGCGCUGGAUCCAGCGCGAUUCGUAUUCAACAAGGAUGAACCAUCAUCAUCUACCUCGGCGGCGGCCUCGGCAGAUGGUAACAAACAAGAAAUCACGAUUCUCCCGGCUGUGCUGAGUAUAGGCUACAAUCCAUUCUACAAGAAUGAGGUCAAAUCCAUCGAAAUCCACAUAAUGCCCCCGCUCACCUCCCCCAGCCCAACAACAGAAACAACAAACACAGAAACACAAUUCUUCAAACUGCCCGACUUCUACUCCACGCAUCUCAAUCUUCUGAUUCUGGGGUAUAUUCGCCCUGAGUUCGACUACGUCUCGCGCGAAGCGCUCGUAGAAGACAUUCGGAUUGAUUGCGAGGUUGCGAGGAAUAGUCUUAUGAGAGAUGGGUAUGUGGGGUAUUUGGCUGAGAGUCAGAGUCAGGCUGGUGGUGAAGAGGUGAAGAAGGAGAGGGAAUGGUUGAGGAGUUUUGGGGGUGCUGUCCUUUAG